AUGUCAGUUCGAUUAUUUCAAACAUUUAUUCAUACUCUGAAACAUAAUCUACCGAGACAUGCAAAACUUAUAAAACCAGGUAUUAUCCCUAUCAGAGCAGUUACGAUGAGUGUAGUUACUGAAGAGCUAGAAAAAGACAAUGACUUCGUAAACAAGCAAGAAACGCGUUUCCAACAAAGGCGACGAAAGCGACAGUGGGAAUUUGAUGAAAAAAAAUCUGAAAAUGACGAAAGUGAAGCUAAGAAAUCUUGUGAUACACCAUUUCAAAGAAUCAAAAGAAAGAAAAUGGCCAUGCUUUUAGGAUAUUGUGGUGUGGACUACUACGGGAUGCAGAGAAAUCCUGGUGUUCGAACAAUAGAAGAGGAUCUUUUAAAAGCUUUACAAGAUGCAGGAUACAUUACUGAAGAGGAUUUUGCAAAUCAACAGAAUGUCCAAUUUCAGAGAAGUUCCAGAACCGAUAAAGGAGUCUCUGCAGCGAGACAAGUUGUGUCAAUUAAAUUACCUCUCGAGGUAAACAUAGAGGAAAUCAACAAAAGAUUACCAGAAUGCAUCAGAGUGUUUGGUAUCAAGAGAGUAACAAACAAAUUUAAUUCUAAAUCAAAGUGUAAUGCAAGGACAUAUAGUUACACUCUUCCCACUUAUGUGUUAGAACCAAAAUUAUCUACGGAUGAAGAGAGGAAGCUUUACAGGAUAACAGCCGAAAAGCACACUUUAGUAAAUGAAUUGCUUGCUAAAUAUACAGGUACUAAAAGCUUUCACAACUUCACAGAGAAAAAACAUUACCAGGAUCCAUCAGCUUCCAGAUACAUAAUGAGCUUUUCACUGGACAGGACUUUCAUAGAAUCUGAGAUGGAGUUUGCUGAACUAUUGGUUAAAGGCCAAAGCUUCAUGUUACAUCAGAUAAGGAAAAUGGUGGGCUUGGUUAUAGCUAUUGUUCGAGGUCACACAGACCAGGGUAUAAUGGAAAAAGUAUUCAGCAAGGACAAAGUCAUGUUACCUACAGCGCCAGGCUUAGGUCUGAUGCUUGACAAAGUACAUUAUGAACGUUAUGACGCUCGAUAUAAAGGAUCUCAUGACAGUCUAGUCUGGGAAGAAUUAGAAGAAACUAUAGAAAAAUUUAAAAGGGAACAAAUUCACCCUAAUGUGAUCAAAGGUGAGAUAGAGGGAAGGUCCAUGGCAAUUUGGCUUGAGAAAAUCACUAAACACUCAUUCAAACCCACUGAAAAUAUCACUGGUGACAUAAUUGAUGAAGACAGCUGUGAUGAUGAUGAUGAUGACAAAUGCCAUAAUAAUGACAAAUGUGAUGAUAAGGAAACCAUAAUUAAUGCUGAAAACAUUGAAAAUAUAUCUCAAGAAGGUUGA